CUCCGGUUCUUGUCGUCUCGUCGUCUACACGGUUACUGCAUCAGCUCCGCCCGCGAGCUCAAUCUGCGCCGCACACACGCACUUAGUGACGCGGUACAACAUAAUAUCAACAAUAAUAAUAAUAUUAUGCACAUCUCUUCUACACGUUAAAAUAAUAUCGUCGUUAUCUCCGCGAGUGGGUUUCGUGAUAACUACAUCGAUCGAUAUUGGUUUUAUUUUCAACUUGUCUUUUCGUCGCGUUCUGUCCGUCAAUUUUCGCUGCCCAGCCAAACGCGAGCAACGUCCCAAGAACAAAACGUAAUAACAACAUCUCAAUAUAUAUAGUCACAACAAUAUCAUAUUAUAUAAAUUCACACCUGUCGAGCCGCUUCGCCGUUUCAAACACACGCCGUUGGGUGUCGGGCUUAUCGUUAUCGUCAUCGUCGUCGACAUGGAGACGGAUAGCAACAGCGACGGCGAAAUGAUGCCGGCCGCCGCGCAGAUGCCACCCUACAGCCGGGCUAACAUCGAGCUACUAAUUAGGAGACACCAGGCCGCUGUCACAGCGCUCGGGUUGGCAUUCAACGGCCCACCUCACCAUCACAGGCCGAUGAUGGCAAACGCGGCCACUUCAGUGCCAGCGCCCAAGCACCAUACAAUCGACGCCAUUCUCGGACUCAAACGCAACGACCAUAAAGACCAGGAGUCCGGAGGAGAAAACAGCUGCAAUUCUAGUGACACUGAACAAAACCGUCAUCAGCUCUUGACGUCCGACCAACAUAACAUAAUGCGCAGUGGCGGCUGCGGAGGGGUUGGUGGUGGUUGUGGUGGAGGAAGCGCCGGCGGAGAUGGAGGAGUAGGAGGUGGAAUAGGAGGUGGUGGUGGAGGAGGAGGCCCGCCACAACAGCGUCGGUCAGCCGACAUGGACGACAUGAGCGGCGGUGGGUGCGGCGACAGCAGCGACGGCGAACCGGACGAUGAACAACUAUCCGGCGGCCGGGCGAGCGCGUCACCCGCGGCAGCGGCCGGUGGUAUGUCACCCCCCGACAAGAAAAAACACCGCCGGAAUCGCACCACGUUCACCACCUAUCAGCUGCACGAGCUGGAGCGAGCGUUCGAGAAGUCGCACUACCCGGACGUGUACAGCCGAGAAGAGUUGGCCAUGAAGGUCAACUUGCCGGAAGUCAGGGUCCAGGUGUGGUUCCAGAACCGGAGGGCCAAGUGGCGCAGACAGGAGAAGAUGGAGGCGGCUAGACUGGGCCUGAACGACUACGUGCACUCGACGAUGACCGGCUCGCUCAGCCGGAUGCCCGGGUCCAGCCUGGCGCUGCCCGUCGACCCGUGGCUGUCGCCGCCGCUGCUGUCCGCGCUACCGGGUUUCCUGUCGCACCCGCAGACGGGCUACCCGAGCUACCUGACGCCACCGGUGGUGCACUGUGGCCCGCCGUCGUCCGCACAGAAGUCACCGCCGUCACCGCAACAACAGAUCACCAUCGCCACGCCACCGUCGUCGUCAUCGCUGUCCACGUCUUCAUCGUCAGCGGUGUCCACUGCCGAUCCCAGGACAUCGUCCAUAGCUGUGCUUAGGCUCAAGGCCAAGGAGCACGUCGAGUCCAUCACGAAAGGCAUGCAAAUGGUCUAGAGCCCCCCCGAUACUUCUUAUGUACCUAUAGGUAUACCACCGUAACAAGAAUAGCAAUAAUAAUAAUAAUAAUAAUUUCAUUAAGUCACAUGCAAAAUAAAUUAUUAAAUAUGCACUUAUUUAUGCGUAUGUACAGAAUAUCAAAAACAAACAAGAUAAAAAACUACAACGAUGGUUAAUGUCAAAAUAUACAUACAUAUUUUAUAUUAUACCUAACACGAAUUUAAAUAAUAUUAUUGAAAAAAAUACCAAUCGAAAUAGGUAUAAGCGGUUCGUUUUCAGAUCCAAAACAUCUGCAGCCUUGUAUUUUGAACAAUUCUGUUUAGUGUUUUCUUUAUAUUCCACGAUACGCAACUCCGAAUCGAUUAUAUUAUAUUUUUUUGUUCUAAUUCUCGAAAAUACAUCAUGUAAGCCCUAGAAUUAUACAGUGUGUAACACGUAUAUAAAGUAUAAAUUAAUCAGAGUUGUUUUUCAUAAUUAAUUCGAGUAUUCCUACAUGAAAAUAUAAAAUUUGUAUUGGUUUAAGUCUGGAACCCUAAUUAUUAUUAUGCACCCAUAAGAACGCCAUGUGAGUAUGUGAUUAUGUAUGACUAUCGUUGUCGCGGACCUUAGUUUUAUAGGUACUUAUAAUUGUAAAUCUUAAUAACGAAUACUAAAUACUAAUCGUCAUCGUUAAGACUUGAUCACAAUGUCUAUAGUGCGAUGAACAAUUUAUUUCCGGGUCAGUUCUGUCCCCACCGAAGACAAACACGCCCUCUUUCGCAUUUCUCACACUAUAUGUAUACAAAAUAUCACCAGA